AUGGUCCAAGUCUUCUCUUUAGCUUGGAAAUUGUUUGCUUUCCCUUCUUUGACCCGUUCCACUCUGUUUUUCUCUCUCCCAUUCACAUUUCACUAUCUUCUGAAAACCUCUCAAAGAGUAGAGUUUUCUGAAAGAUUCAUGGGGUUUCCUGAAUUGGGUUGUCAGAAAACCCAGGUGGUACUGAACUAUGCUAUUUUGUUUACUUUUCAAUUGGUUUUCAGUAUGUGCUCUUGGGAGGGUUGUAGUGCCAUGAAUUUAUAUGUUGUGCUGUGGCAUGGAUUGGAUAACAAUCUAAGUGGCUUGGUGUGUUCAUGGAAGGGUUGUAGUGCUAUGGGGAUCUUGGUGAAGAUGAUUCUGCAUAGCUGGAUUUUCAGUUACCAUGUUGUCAGUGUCUUGUUGUUGAUUAGUUGUGGCAUGACCUAUGGGACUGAUACUGAUAUCUUCUGCUUGAGAAGUAUUAAAGACACCCUUGAAGACCCAUAUAGCUAUUUGAAGUUUUCUUGGGAUUUCAACAACAAAACUGAAGGGUUCAUCUGCAAGUUUAUUGGGGUUGAGUGUUGGCACCCUGAUGAGAACAGGGUCUUGAAUCUCAAACUGUCCAAUAUGGGACUCAAGGGCCAGUUUCCUGCUGGCAUUCAAAAUUGCUCUAGCUUAACUGGAUUAGACCUUUCAAUUAACAAAUUCUCUGGAACCAUUCCGCGAGAUAUAUCUACGCUAGUACCAUUUGUGACCUCUCUUGACCUUUCUUCAAAUGAUUUUUCUGGGACAGUUCCUGUGACUCUUUCAAAUUGUACCUUUCUCAAUACCCUUAGACUUGAUCAGAACAGACUCUCUGGUCAAAUUCCUCCACAGCUUGGUAUUCUGCCCCGAAUUAAGGCUUUUUCGGUAUCCGACAAUCUUUUGACAGGGCCUGUUCCAACCUUUGGCCAUUCAGUUUCAGUAAAUUAUGCAAAUAAUCAAGGCCUAUGUGGAGGCACUGGAUUGGGGACUUGCCAAACCAAGUCUUCUAAGAGUAACAUGGCUGUUAUUGCUGGAGCUGCCGCUGGUGGGGUGACUCUUGCAGCAUUAGGAUUGGCUGUUGGAAUGUUCUUCUUUGUGCGACAUGUUUCUUUCAAGAAAAAGGAAGAGGACCCCGAAGGAAACAAAUGGGCAAGAAGUCUGAAAGGAACUAAACAAAUUAAGGUUUCUAUGUUUGAGAAAUCAAUUUCAAAAAUGAAAUUGAUUGAUCUCAUGAAGGCUACUAACAACUUCAGUAAUACCAAUAUCAUUGCGUCUGGAGGAACGGGAACUGUUUACAGAGCUGUCCUUGGUGAUGGCACAACACUUAUGGUUAAGAGAUUACAUGAAUCUCAGUACACUGAAAAAGAAUUCAUGUCCGAGAUGGGUACACUAGGGACUGUCAAACAUCGCAACCUGGUCCCUCUUUUAGGUUUUUGCAUGGCCAAAAAGGAGAGGUUUUUGGUCUAUAAAGACAUGCCAAAUGGCAACCUCCAUGACCAACUCCAUCCUGCUGAUGGUGCGAGCACCCUUAACUGGACUACGAGGCUCAAAAUUGCAAUUGGAGCAGCCAAAGGGUUAGCAUGGCUUCAUCAUAGCUGCAACCCCCGUAUUAUCCACCGAAACAUAAGCUCUAAGUGCAUUUUGUUGGAUGCAGAUUUUGAGCCAAAAAUUUCUGAUUUUGGCCUUGCCAGACUGAUGAACCCAAUUGAUACUCAUAUGAGUACUUUUGUAAAUGGAGAAUUUGGUGAUUUAGGUUAUGUUGCUCCCGAGUACACAAGAACUUUGGUUGCCACACCUAAGGGGGAUGUUUAUAGCUUUGGGACUGUUCUUCUUGAGUUGGUGACCGGUCAAAGACCUACCAAUGUGACUAAAGCUCAAGAAUCUUUUAAAGGAAAUCUAGUAGAAUGGAUUACAGAGCUCACAAACAAUGCAAAACUCCAUGAUGCCAUUGAUGAAUCACUAGUCAGCAAGGAUGUUGAUAGUGAACUUUUCCAAUUUCUAAAGGUUGCAUGCAACUGUGUUCUGCCAACUCCAAAGGAGAGGCCAACCAUGUUUGAAGUGUAUCAGUUUUUACGAGCUAUUGGGUCUAAAUACAAUUUCACAACUGAUGAUGACAUAUUGGUACCUUCUGAUAAUGGUGAUACUGAUAACAUGGAGGAGCUUAUUGUAGCUCGAGAAUAA